CUAAGAGGUCAUCGGUUUCUAUUUGUUCAUUUGCAGCCUUGUGUUCGUAACGUGAUUUUUCAUCCUUUUGUUAAAUUGACAGUUUGUUGAUGAAGUGAUAAGAAAAUUUUUUGCUUUCGGUCAUGUUUUUAGUCACUUAUUAUCGAAUCUUAACCUUUUUAUUAUCAAGUUAUACUGUCUUAUUCUUACCAAUUGUUAGUGCUUUUGAAUGCCCCUCUUUCUGGGCUCAAUUACCAAACAAGAAUGUUUGCUAUAUCGUGUUAUCAUCAUCAUGGCCCGAAAGUUACGAUACAUCGCUAGGAUAUUGCCAGUCGUAUUCGACAUCCGUUCUCGUUGGGAGUUUACUGGAUGUGGACGUUGAUUUGAACUUCAAUGAUCUGGAACUGCCAUUGGAUGAUUCAAAUUACUGGCUCAGUGCGAGAAAGUUUCAGAAGAAAUACCACAAUCUGAAGUCAGGAAGUCUGGUCGACGAAUCCAAAAUAGAACCAGGGCAAGGCAAUUGUUUAAUCCUCAAUCACUUCGUCGAGGACAAUAAUCAAGAGUUCAAACUCUACCCGAGUGAUUGUGGAAAAUAUCAACGUCCCUUCAUCUGUGCUCUGUACAGUUCCGAAGACGUAAUUAGUGAUGAAGAUAGGAAUGACAUCAUCGGACCAAUUGAUGUUUUGAGGCAUCGUGAAGUGAGUUUCAAGCGAAGUCAGAAGACUUGUACGGAUCUAGAAGAUGAAUUGCAAGAAUGCAACACUCUAACGGACGAAGAUUGCUCUGAAGCAACGAUUGGAUGUGAAAGAACGUGUUGCGAAAAGCUGGGUUUGAACUGUAGGACUUCAAUCGAUUUGACAUCUGUUGAAAAGUGUGAAAAAAAGAAAAUCAUGGGGUUGUGCAAUGUCGUGCAAGACGAAUGUGCGUUCACUUGUUGUGGAAUUAGUGAUGUUCCUGCAAAAUUACAGAUCGAAGAGUUGAACGAAAUUGAAGACGAUGAUUACGAAAUUGAAGACGAUGAUUAUGGCGAUGAUACCAAUGAUGAUAUGGGCAUUUGUGAGGAUCUUGAAGACUUGGAACCUUCAAUUGAAUGUUUUCACCGGGCCUUUAAACGCCGGAAUUGCAGGUCAGAUUUCUGGACUGACGCUUGUGCGUUUUCGUGUUGUGUUGCGGAGGUCGACGAUGACAAUGAAGAGGACGAUUUGAAUUUUAUUGGCGAGGUUAGAGCAUUAAAAGAAAAAAGUUCUGAUAAAUCAACUUCAACUACAGAAAAUGCGUGCUUAGAAUUUGAAGAUAAGGAUUCCAAUAAAUGUGUGCGACAAUAUCUGAAAGACACCUCUAAAUGCGAUGACGAAGAGUUUAGUGAAAAUUGUGCUUAUACAUGUUGUAUCGUGGAUCCGUCGCCAUGCUUGGAACUUGAAGACGAGGCAGGGUAUCAUUUCUGUCACAAGAAGGUACUGAGCGACGAAUGCCAGAAACCCGGGAUCUAUAGUAAGUGCCAAUUUUCUUGUUGCGAGUACCACGGAGUCCAAUCAAGUACGACUGAAGAGUCAGCAGCAACGACUACUGAGGUUACGGAAGAAUCAGAAGAGACUACAACUGGGACAUCAACCGAGGAGCCAGAUUUCGAGCUGUGUGGAGAGUUUUCUGAUGAAAACACAGCGGAAAGAUGUACUCGACGUGUGAAUAGAGGAAACUGCGAGGAGUCGCUGGAAGAUGAGAAUAAAUGUCAGUACUCAUGUUGUAUGGAACUGUUCAAGACUUCCUCAACGUCGGCCUCCAGCUCCUCGGAGGCUCCAACCACUGCUCCGGAUGACGGAGGAUUGUCAGAAUGUCAACACUUGUCGGACAUUGGAUCACCUUCAGGUGGUAACAGUGUCAGUUUCUGUGCCGCGGUGAUUGAUGAAGGUGGGUGCGACAAAUUCGAGAAAAGGAAGUGCUGCGAGUUCACGUGUUGUGCCAAUGAUUACGUGCGCGAUAAAGAAUCGGGGGAGGGCAAUGACCCGGAAAAUGAAAAGUGUGACGAAGAUGUUAAUCCGGAUACGAAAUCAUACCCCGAGUGCCUGGAAAUGUACACACGCGGGUUAUGCGAUAGUGACGACUCUUUUGGUUGCGAUACUACUUGUUGUUUAUGGAGGGAUAGUUUCAAGGGUUCAGAGUGUAUGAUGUUCGAAAAUUUACUAAGUGCUGAAACAUGCGCGCUUCAAUGCCCCGGUUGCUUUGUAGAUAUCCUUGACUUCUUAUCCAUGUGUUCUAUCUUCUGUGAAAGAAGAUUCUGCUACACUUGUAAGGGACCCGACAGGUGGGACCCCAAUGAGGAUAAUGAGUGUAGUACAUUAUCUAAUGAAGACUCAAGCAGCGAAUGCCUUGAACAUCGAUUAAACGAAGGUUGUGAACAAAAAGAGAAUGAUGGUUCCGGUUUUUACGACACAAAAUGCAAUCUGGAAUGCUGCGUAAGGUACAGCGGAACAAUUUCGACCAAACGAACAGUCAAUUUAACCCAAUUAUUACUGAAGACGAAACAGGACAAGUCUGCAGAUGAACUUUCGGAGUCAACUAGUCGACAUAUUCGAGAUGUUGAACCUCGCUCGAAAGAUGAAUAUCAAACGUUAAAUGCAAUAGUUGAUGAUAAUAAACAGUCCGAGUCAAAUCAUGCCUCCAGUGAACCAUGUUUUGACAUGGAGAAGUUGCAGUUUGACCCCGACUGCGAAUCUAGAAGAGCAAGAAGGUCACCGAUUUACAAUCAUGCUGGUGGAUUUAUAGGAAAGUUUACCGAGCAUAAUUUAACGGAUAGAUAUGGGUCUGAAAACAACAUGGCAGUGGUGAAUUCGAAUGUUACUGUAGAGAGGAACCGCACAGAUUCUACCUCGUUGAAUGCCACCGAAGACCGAAAUGCAAGUGAGCCUACUUUGAAUGGCACUGAAGACCGAAACGCCAGUGAGCCUAAAACGUACAAGGUCGCACCUCGAGCGCAAAAUCUCAUGCAGGCCAUGGGGACUGAGUUCCAGUUGGAACCCUCAAUGUUUUUUAUUUGCGUUUUAGUUGUGAUCAAAAUUUGCUUGUAUUGAAAUUGUAAACUUGUGACGCUACUUCAGUUAGAUUCUGUAACGAAUUAAUUAACAAAGAUAUGAAUUAACUAAUUACUG